AUGAAAGACCUAAAAUCUUCAAAAAGUUAAAUCAAAAAGGGCUAAGAAAAAAAUUGGACCCUUAAUUCUAAUUUAGGAUCAGAGGCAUCUCUAAAAAAUAGAGAGAAGAUGAAAGAGCUUAAAAAAGACGCAAAAUCUGUACGGGAAAUUAUAAAUGAGUUUGGAAUUUCUAAAGCUCACUUGCAUAGAAUAACCAGUGAAAAUUACACAGGCCCUCAAAAAAAAGGUAGAAGAUAGUAUCUUACUGAUGAUCUAAGAUUUACAAUCUUAGAUAGAAUUUUAAGGAAAAUGAAAGAUGACACCUAAAGGACUAACUUCUUAAAUAUGAAGCCAAAAGAGUUUAUCUCACUUUUAAGAAAGGACCCUAUAAUAAUAGAUUUAGAGGGGUAGGGAAAGGGUAACAGAAGUACUAACUUUUUCUACCCCGAGUGCAAACGCUUCUAAAGUCUUUUUAAAGAAAACCAAAAAAUCCUAUAAAACUAUAACACAAAAAUCAAUGCUGAGCCAUAUUAGGCUCAAACCCAAAACUAAUAUUAGGAAUCUCUAAAUUAAUAGGAUUCCUCCUUAAACGAGUACUUCGAUUCCACCGAAAGUGCUCUAUCUCAAAAUAAUACUUAAAUGCGCGAACAACUAUUCUAAGCUAAUUAAAAUAGUUACUAUUUACCUAAUUAAAAUUUUGGUGAUGAACAAUGCUAAUCUUAUGAAACUAAUUAAUUUGGAAAUCAAUCUAAUAUAUUUAUCCAAAGAAAUUAAUACGAAGGUUUUUGCAAUGUGAAUUACCUAAAUAAUUAAUUCAAUAAUACAUCAUAAGCCUAAAACUAAUCAGAAAUUAUAUCAAAUUCUAAUGAAGAUUGUUUAGAAGAUAUUUCUAAUUUCCUCAAUUUGUAGGAAAUUAGAGGAGGAUAAUUUAAUGAUGAUCAAUGA